AAAACAAAAAAAAAAAAUCAGUGCGGAGCGCCAGGGCGUAGGAAGGAGCCUCUGUCCGUGUCGGCGCUAGGAAGUGACGGGAUGGCUCCGCCUGCCGUCAGGAAAACAUUAACUUGGAGUUGUGCUGUGGAUUUGGGUGAAACAGGUUAGAGAGUGCCUUGCAGAGCACAGGCUGCCGCUGAACAGGUGCGCACGGCAAUGCAGAUCCCAAUUUUUACGGUCGAUGCAUUUACAAACCGGCCAUUCGCUGGAAAUCCUGCGGCAGUUUGUCUGCUUGAAAAUGACUUGGAUGAAGAUUUGUACCAAAAAAUUGCAACAGAAAUGAACCUUUCAGAAACAGCUUUCAUCAGAAAACUGAAACCUGGAGAUGACUUUUCCAAAAGUUCCUGCUUUGGGCUGAGAUGGUUCACCCCAGUCAGUGAAAUUCGUCUCUGUGGUCAUGCUACUCUUGCAUCAGCUGCUGUGUUAUUUCACAUACAAAAAAAUACAAAUUCAGUUCUCUCGUUUAUGACACUGAGUGGGGAAUUAAAGGCCAGACAAGUGAAAGAUCAUAUUGUCCUGGACUUGCCACUUUGCCCAGCUUACCCCCAGGAACUUAAGGAAGUAGAAAAAUUAAUAAAGGCAGCUGUUGGUGACCUGAGUGUUGAAGAUGUGCGUUACUCUCCCGACAUAAAGAGCCUCUUAGUCCGCCUCAGUGAUACUUAUGAAAGGUCUGUGCUGGAAGAAUUGAAAGUGAGUGCACAACACUUUUUGUCAGCUGAAAAGACAGGAAAAGUGAAAGGAGUCAUACUCACUGUUAAGGGAAAUUCCAGUGGAAAAGGCCAUGAUUUUUACUCCAGAUAUUUUGCACCUUGGUAUGGAGUUCUGGAAGACCCUGUAUGUGGAUCUGCUCAUGCUGUUUUAGGCAGCUACUGGUCAGAGCAGCUGGGGAAGAAAGAAAUGCUUGCUUUUCAAUGUUCCCCCCGUGGAGGAGAGUUGAAGAUUUCCGUGCGCAGUGACGGAAGAGUUGACAUUGCGGGGCAAAGUGCUGUUGUGUUAAAAGGAAACCUGACUUUCUGAAAAGUCUGAAAGAACUGGCACUAGUAUUCUUCUUGCUAAUCACUAAUCUUUAUGUUCCUCUCCUUAUACUGAUUUUAUCUCAGCUCUAGGCAGUGAAUUACUACUGUUCUCAAAAGUCUUUGAUUACUAAUUGUCCAUUUUUAAAAAUUGCUUGUAAAUACUCACUUCUGAUCUUCAGGAUCCUUGGUGUUCUUCACUUCUAUCUUGCCACUUCUGAUGUGCACUGACCUAUGAAAUGUUUGAGUACAGCUAUCUUGUUUUUCUGCUUUUAAAUUAUUCUUCUCUUUAUUUCCAAAUUCCAUAAUAAAAGCCCUUACUGCAUCCUGGAUUAAACUGUAAGCAUCUGUUUGAUAAUCAAGCUUUUCCUAUAUAGAUAAUUUUUCAUGAAGUCUGAAUUAAUUUUUUAAAAAAAAGUUACUUUCUCAUCUAUAUAUUGAAAUGACAUGUUCAUUAACUUACUUGAAUUAAAAUAUGCAAACAUA